UGACACACAGCAACAUCAGAGGGCCACUGUGUUGUUACGCCUCUGAACAGAGUAACCCUCAGCUCACUUGUGUAACCUCUCACCAGAGCUGCCUCUGCACCUCCUUUCCCACAAGCAGCUGUGUCUCGUUCCCUCGUUUGGUGUCUGUGUGUAUAAAUCCUGGUCUGUCUCGUUGUUCCUUGUUGGUUUGUCAUCGAUGUUACCUGGUGGUCGCCCUCGUGUCUACUGCUGGUUGAUUGUGUACAUGUACAUUUCCUGAUUGACCUCAUCCCAGCCUCCAUCAUGUCGCUGCUAACUCACGUGCUUGCUUGCCUGUUCGGUAUGGGCUCCUGGGUGGCCAUCAACGGGAUGUGGGUGGAGCUGCCCCUGGUCGUACCGGAGAUCCCAGAGGGCUGGUAUCUGCCAUCCUACCUCACAGUCCUCAUCCAGAUGGCCAACAUAGGUCCUCUCUUCAUCACUCUGAUGCACCGCUUCCGCCCAGGGGUGCUAGAUGAGCGGCCGGUCAUCUACUUCAUUGUAGGGUUGGGGAUCGUUGCUACAUUCCUGCUGGCUUUCUUCUGGAGGCACACAGUGACAAUAGCGGGCUCUUUGCACAGUGUUCCCCUGCUGGUGUUAACCUUCCUGCUCUCUGUGGUAGACUGCACCUCCUCUGUUACAUUUCUGCCUUUCAUGAUGCGGCUGCGUCCACAGUACCUCACUACGUACUUUGUAGGUGAAGGCCUCAGUGGUCUGGUGCCUGCAAUCGUGGCUCUGAUUCAAGGUGUUGGUGUAGUCCACUGUCAGAAUGCUGGUGUAGCCAACAAAACCGCUGAUAAUGCUUCUAUGGUUGACAGUGGGGAGCUACAAGCCAUCUACCAGCCAGCUCAUUUCUCGGCCCAGGUCUUCUUCGUGUUCCUCAGUGCCAUGAUGGUUGUAUGCCUGGUAGCUUUCAUCCUACUCAACCAUCACCCAGCUGUGGCUCGAGAGAGAAAGAACGACCUGUACUUCAGUGGUGAUCUGGCCGAUGGGAAGAGAGAGCAAGGUCUGUCUCUGCACGCUCAGACACCAGAGCAGAAGCCUAUGAUCAACCCCCUGGAAUCCGCCAGGAGGGAAGCCAGGAGCGCAUUUGGGACGGGGACUUAUAGUAAUCUGCAGGUGGUGUUCAUCUUUGGCGUACUGGCUUGGGUCAAUUCUCUGACCAACGCAGUGCUGCCCUCGGUCCAGUCCUACUCCUGUCUGCCUUACGGGAACAAAGCCUACCAUCUAGCUGCCACCAUGGCAGCUGUUGCCAACCCAGUGGCCUGCUUCAUUGCCAUGUUUGUGCCAAUUAGGUCUCUCAUCUUCAUGGGUUUCUUGACCAUGGUUGGGACUGGAUUUGGAACCUACAUCAUGGCCAUGGCUGCUCUUAGUCCUUGUCCUCUGCUGGUCCACAGUGUCUUUGGAACUGCAGUCAUUGUGCUGGCCUGGGUCCUGUUUGUCCUGUGCUUGUCCUACGUAAAGGUCACCAUUGGGGUGAUUCUGAGGGACGAAGGCCACAGUGCCCUUGUGUGGUGUGGCGCAGUAGUGCAGUUGGGCUCCAUGGUUGGCGCUGUAUCCAUGUUCCCAUUGGUCAGUGUAUAUGGACUUUUCAGGUCAGGUGAUGCUUGCAACACCAAGUGUCCAAUGUAAUGAAUAAAUAUGUUUGAGUUAAACACUACUGUACGAAACAGAACAAUAAUUUGCGCUUAUUUUAGAUGUACUGAACUGCAACAGUAUCACUCCCUGAUGUCGUUUAACAGAUUUGCUCUUGGGAGAUUUAUUUUUCAUACAGUUAUCUGUAUUUAAUGUGAGUGAGCUCAGCAUAAGGCUGAAAUGACAUUAUCAAUGUGUCAGAUUACACAACUAUUUUGUCGUUGAGCAUAUUACAAUUCCUUCUCAAUUCAGAGGCGGUUUACUUGAACUAUUAAUAUGAUGUGAAAGUGUAAUUGAUUGAUGUUGCUUUUAUAAAAUUUACGGUACUUUUAGCUUAAAAAUGUGCCUUAAUUUUAGACUUGAAAGAUUUGUGCUUGUUUUUGAUGUAUAUGGUUACACAUUGUUAUUGUAAUUGCUUUACUUGUGUGGAGAAACUGUUCAAUACCAAAUAAAACACAUGUUUUAUUGCUGCAUUAUACUGAAAAUCAUCAUAAACAGUCCCCUUAUCUUAAGUCAGGUGGGGCAGAAGGCUUUGUGUCCAAGUAUAGAGGGAAUAAAGGGGGAACAGUACCAGAGCAGGCUCAAUAAUAGAUGGGGCAGUAGUUCUUAAAUAUCUUCUGUUGUGUGUUUUGGUUAAAGUUGCAUUAUCCAGGAAGAAGUUGAAAAGGGCACUUUUGUA